AUGUUGAAUUCAGUGGACGUUGAUAGGUCAGGAAGAUUUGGAAUAUAUAGUAGGAAAGAUGUAUACAUAUAUAAUUUAGACAGGUGGGCACAGGGAAUAGAUGAUGGAUCCGAAUUUAUUAAGGUGAACAAAGGAAGGAUUUUGGGGUUGAACAAAUCAUCAGAAUCAAGUAGUAACUUGAAUUCAAUUUUUAUGGAUGGAUAUGAUAAUUUUGGUUCUAUGUAUUCUGAAAUUGUUAAGUUUGGUACCCAUCCAAGGUUAUAUAAUAGUUUCAUAAAUAUUCAAGGAAAUUCAAUAUUAUAUGGUACAUUGGAAAGCAUAGGAUUGGAUUGCAUUUCAAGUCAGAUGAUGAAUAUUAGUUCUUUUGAUUGGAGUCCUCAUUUUUCAACUGGUACUUUUGUAACAAGCUGUGAAGAUGCAUUAAUAAGAGUCCUAGAUAUAAGGAGUAAGAAUCAAGACUUAUCACUUAUGUCAUUUUACAACACAAAGAGUAUUAAAUGGAAUCUUUUGAACUCUUAUUUAUUGGGAGCUCUUCACGAGAAUGGAGAAUUUUUAAGUAUUUAUGACCUUAGACUGCCUAAGAUGAUUGGAAUAAUUCCUAGAAAUAGUUGGAUAAGUGAUAUUUCGAACAGGAGAGAGGAGAAAAGAGGAGAUAAAGGUAUUAUUGAUUUUUCAUGGCUACCAUUAUCUUCAGAUAAAAUUCUGAUUUGCGAGAUGGAUCUCUUAUGCGUAAUUAAUGUACCAAAAGUUAUGGAAGGUUCCAAAAUUUUUAAUGGUGGAAUUUUAGACUGUGAUAGUAAUUUAAGAGUUGGAAAUGGAUUGCAAUAUAUAUCAUUAAAGAAUUCAAAUGUUUCUCCAGAUUUUGAAGUACUAAAUUUUUCAUCAAGUUCAGUUGACGAAAAUGAGGAUUUAGGGGAGGAUGAGGUAAGUACUUUAAAGUUUCAGGAGCAAGCCAAAGCCGAGAUUGGAAAGAUUAACCAGGAUUUGAGCUGGGAGAAUGGAACAUGCAUUAAAGUAAAUGCUUAUGAUUUUUUGCCAGGAACAAACAAUUUAAUUAUUAAUGAUAAAAGUGGAAGGUUUUACUACAGUGAGAUCAAAGAUAAUGAUGAUUUUGGUCUUAGAAGGCUUAAAAUGAGAUAUAAUGGUCCAGUUAAGAGAAUUUUUUUAAGUGAAAAUAAUGAAUUAACACUAUUUGGUGGAUUAAAAGGACACAAUCAUUCUAAAAGUAGUUAUUUUGAAAAAGAAGAUGAAUUAAUGCAUUAUAAUUUCUAUGUGACUUCCUUGGCUUCAAUAACCAAUGAAAACACUACCUCUAAAGAUGAAGAGGCCAAAAUAUCAAAUUUGACUAUUCAAACGUUUUUUACUAAUUGGUUUUACAGAGACUUGAAUAUGAUUCAUGAAAAGGUGAAACAAAAUCAACAAAUGGCAAAUAAUCUAAUUUCAAUUUCUAUAGAGUCAAAUGAUAGGAUAAUAGCAAAACUUUCAAGACAUCCAACAUUAAGAGGAAAGUUUGUAAUGGAAGAUAAUACAAAUUUUAAUUUAGUUUCAGAUUCUUUUGAAUUUACAAUAAUUCUAACAUCGUCACAGGAGAAAAAUACUAUUGAAGCUACUUAUUAUAUUACUAAUAAUACAAUCCUCCGAAUCAAAGAAAUUUAUUCAAAUCUCAUUAAUAAAAUAUCUGAAACCAAUAUUAAUUCAUGUGGACAAAUAUUUAAAAUUUUACAUAAUUACGAGCACACGUCAUUGAAUAAUUCGCAUGCAAAAGAAGAAAAUUGCAUGCAAAAUAUAAUACCGGUAAGAGUUUAUCUGGACAAUAUAAUAUUAAAUUGUAAAGAAAGAGAAAGAUUAUGUAAAUUUUUUGACAUAGAAUUAGAUAAAGAAUUAUUGACUUCACUAUUUAGUGAGUUAUUGACAGUGAACAAUAAUCAAGUAAUAAAGCAAUUAGUGGAUUGGGUAUGGAUUAUUUCAAAUUUACCAGAAUCAUUAUUUGGAUUAUUGACUCAGAAUGAUGGUUUUAAGAAGGAACAGCAAUUAGAGUUAAUAUCCUCAACUAGAAAGCAUUUGUAUGGGUUAGGGUUUGAACAACAAGCAAUUUUAGGUGAGAAUCGUAAUAAAAAGACAAAGGUUUCAUAUACAUUUCAUACAUUAGAUAAGUUGAUUAUAUCUCAGGGAAGUUAUUUAAUAUUCAUGAAAGUGAAUGAUGAGCAUAAUUUAAAUAAAGCUGCGAGAUAUGAAAAGAUAUUACUUGAGAUUAAUGAAAUUUUAAGAAAGGUAGAAUACAUUUCAGAAGAGAAAUUUUUAUAUGGGGAUUAUUUUAAAUACACAUAUAUACUAUUAAAUUGGCUAACAACGGUUUUAUAUAAGCAAAGUAGAAGACAUUGCGUAAAGGAUUUACAGAAUUUUUGUACAGAUCCAACUAAGAAUAUAAAAAACUCGAAUUUGAGUAUGAUGUUAUGCCCAACAGUUGUUCAUUCAUAUUUUAAGAAAAAAAGUUACAUAAAUGCAUCUAGAGCACAAUUACAAUUUGACCAGGGAAAUGAUUUUUUCCCUACUUUAAGAUAUAAAUUCAAUGCAGUUUGUUCAAGUUUAUCAGAUUUUGAGCAGAUUGACCAAAUAAAGCUCAUUAAUUUAUUAAAGAAAUUAUAUUUGGAGAUUAAAAAUAACUAUGAUGCAAGGAUCUUGGUGGUUGCAAUUCAUAAGUUUUCAAAUCAUUUAAAGAGAACAGAAAAUGGCUGUCAAUCAAAACACUCAUUAAGGCCAGGAUUGAGAAUACAAUCUGAAGUGACGGGUAUAAUGGAGGGGCCAAGAACAAAAGGAUUUGGGCCCAAUUUUGCUUCAGAAUCAGGACCAGUACCAGGUAUACCAGGAGAAAGAAGAAUACCAAAUAUAGGGCCGGUUUCUAUUUCCUCCGUUUCAGAUUCUGCUUCAGAUUUGGCUUUAUCUUCAAGAUCUGGGUCAAUUAGAAUAUCAAAUCCAGUAUCAGAAGGCUGCUGUGUCUGUUUAGAACCAGUUUUUGGUCUUUAUACACGCUGUUUAAGAUGCAAGCAUGGGGGACAUAUAAGGCAUAUUAGAAACUGGUUUGAGGACAGAACGAAAUGCCCCAUGGUGGAGUGCCAAUGCAAAUGCGUACCUGAGGAGUAUAAAUAA